AUGGAGCCACCGACAAAGAAAAGGCGACGGGGCUCUUCACCUCAUAAAGAGGUUCAAGAUGAAAGUGACGAUGACGAACUUGCCUCACAUCCUCAAGAGAUUAGGAUGCGUCGAGACCCUGAUAUUCAGCUUGCACUCAAGCGGGCAAAUGCUGACCAUAAACUGCAAGCCACAAUGGCUCAUAUUAUCGAAAAAUACAGCCGGGACUUUGAGGGUAUUGGCGACGAGAUCGACAUGAACACCGGAGAAAUUGUGGUUAACAACGGUCACUUGCGUAAUAUGCGAGAUGAGGGAGAUGUUGAAGGACUAUGGAUGGAGGGCGACAGUAAUAUCGACGAAGAUGAAGGAGUUCUGCUCGAGGACCUUACGGAUGGAUAUUCCGAUAGCGAAGAACCAGUCAAAGGAGUGCAACAUUCUCAGAGCGAUAACCAGAAUAACCAAGAACCAACGUUUACAGAGCAAGGCACGCCGAAAAGCCAAAGAACUCACAGCGGAGUGUCUCGGGAAGCACUACAAACUGAUAUGGAUACGACCAUGAAUCCCUCACAAAAUAAUAACGCCAUGUUGAAUGCCAGCGAAUCUCACUUUGGUCCUCCAUCCUAUGGACCAGGUUCGUCAGUUGGGUUCGGGCUAACACCAGGAUUUGGGCCCUGGGGAGGGAUGUACGGGUUUCCCAUGCAAGCCUGGGGUCGAGACGAUAUUCCUCCAUAUUUUAACAUGCCACCGAGUAUGCCAGGACCUUGGUUUACCGGAGGCAGAUACGACUUCCCUUCUCACAACGGACAGACGUCGAUUUGGGGUCGUAACCGGGCCAAGAAGACAAAGCGGGCUGGCUCUAUGAAAGCAUCCUCCAAGCAGGCGAUGUGCAGACACCCCAGCAGCUCUCCUACGGAAGAGGAGGCAGUUGCAGAUGACCAUCACAAAUCCACGUCUGAGGAACAGCCACUCGAUAAUCAGGAAGAUCUCGCCCCUGAUAGAACGAUAAAUGAUACCGACGAAGACGAUGAUUUGAUGUUCUCUGAGACUACUGAGGUAGCGUCGACCCCUGAGGCAAGUCUUGUCCUCCCAUCAAAAGAAUCACCCGCGAAGGGUGAGGUUCAUCGACAUUCACAAGGGGCACUGGAAGAAACCAAUGGAAAUGCUGUGAAAGUGCCCCAGCAGAACGACGAAGACGAUUCUGGUCGGAGACGGUCUGGCCGAGCGAGGAAACAAACUGAGUAUAUGGGCAAGAUCUCUUGGGACGACGCCAAAGAAUGGCAGAAAUCAGGCCAGAGUUUGAGAGUGGAGCUAUACAAAGCUGAUCCAGUCAUUCGCAAAGACUUUGAGAGCGUCGAUCAUGUCGGUGAUGAGUGUGCCUUGUCCUCGGAGGAGCCUCAAGACAAUGCGCUGGGAACAAUAGCCCUCGAAAGGGGGAUAACCUCCCAAAGGCAGGUUAUACCAGAUUCACAGGACACCGCGACUCCUUUCAACAGCAGUGCCCCCGAGGCACCGGAGCGCAAGGUGGGAAACGACAAACACUAUGCUUCUGAUGUACCUCCCGUUCCUAGCAUGGAGCUUUCAGACGACGAAGCCCCUCUUGUUCUUUCGAGGAUCCGAGCACCAAAACGCCAUCUAGAAACCCGAAAGCCUUUAUCGCCACUCAUGCCAACAGAUGAUCGAAUUCGAAGCGCUGAUCUCAUUGUCCAUGUUGCGAGGUCACCAAAGCCCAACCAAAGAGCAGCGCCUAUAGUUGAGUCUACGGUUGGGGAUAUGCAGGACCAGACUAUAGAGCCUCUUAAGCGCAAGCGGGGAAGACCCAAAGGCUCAACCCGCAAGGCUCAAAACAAUAAUACUGUUUCCAGUAUGAAGGGCAUAACAAGGGGCCCCACGGCGCUUCAACGCCAUGAUACUGGAGCGCCAAAGAAGCCAGAUCCUGCGAAUCCCGGUAUUGAAACUGAGUUCAAAGAUCACUCGACCUACGGCACAAGGAGCCAUGGUUGCCCGGAUCGCGAUGAAGAAACCCUACCAAAAUCGGAUAAUGAUGAUACAGAGACUGAAGAACGUCCCGUAACACAUCAUCUAACAGGCGAACUCAAGUGGCUUCUCAAGACAAAGCCCAAGAGCCCAGUAUCUUAUAGGUCACAAGCUACAGCUUCAGACGAGACCAUUAAGCUUCGGCGGUCCCGGGAAAGGCUCCAAAAGUCCAGUAACAGCACAUACAAGUCAACAGAACUCGAUAAGGAUGUUUCAGAUGACCAAGAGGAACAACCAGUACCUCUGACGCCAUCCGGGCUAUUGCGGGAACCAAAUACAAUUCUGGAUGGGCCUAUGAAAGCACCGGAGACCAUUAUAACCGUCAGAGACAAGCAAUCAUCUACCGCUAGUCCUUCCUCGCCCAUCCAUGUUGAAGAACCUCCCAACUAUAGCGAUCUAACAGAUGAGAGUGGGCCUCGUCUUAAUGACAACUCGUCUGAUGAUGCGCCUCCUCAAGACGAAGCUGUUCAUGAUGACGAAUCUCUCCCCGAAUUGCCUCGAGAUACCACGGUUCAAGGGGUAUCGACACCACGGAAGCCGAAAGAUACCAGGACUCCCCUCACAGAACCCCCUUCAAGCUCUCACAAACCACACACCCCUCGUCAUGCUUCCAUUCGUACUACUCGUGCACCAUCAUCACGCCGAUCCCUCCUCUCAUUUGUGUCGGAUUCGGAAUCAGACACCGGUGAGUCUCGGGAUGAGUUAGCGCGCAGAGUCAAAUCAACAUCAAAGACAGCAAGCGUCCGUCCUUCAACGAAGAGGAUUUGGCGAGCAAGUGCCCUAACCAGAGAAGUCCAACGGACACCCAGUAGAAAGCGUUUCCAUGAGAUGUCCAGCCCUAUCAACACUGUUAAGACACCGGGGGGCACGGUACGAACCUGUGGUAUAGAUGGUUAUCAAUGUGGCCGAGACUUUUGCUUCUCUUGUAUAUAA